CUCCAAUUGUGAUUGCAUCACAUUCUUUCUUCAUUAAGUUUUCCACAAUACGUUUGCUCUGUUUUCUUUUGUUUGACAAUGUCGUUUGGUCUAUUAUCGAAGAUGGCUACGUUAAAGACUAACCAUAUACGACACACAAUCAGUGGCAUGCAAAAAAUCACAACCAUUAUGCCAGUGAUAAGUCAAGUGUUGAACAAUAGGUUGAUCGGAAGAGAAUUCAGUUCCGUCGCCGUCGUCCCCACUAUGUUCAAGAGAGAAGACUACAAGAGGACUAUAUACGACGCCAUUUUCUCCGAUUGGAAGAUUCUUACAAGGCCCAAUGAUUGGAACGACUUCAAGAAUGGAAAAGAAGGUGUCCGUAGAUACAGACAUGAGGACUUACCCCCUAUAUAUCGUACGGGUCUAUAUGAGCUAGGCGUAGCAGUCAUCGGUCAAGACGACCUAGGCCAAAAGUUUGAUCCUGAUAAUGUUGUUCCUACAUAUCUAGGACAAAGUGUAGACAUGAAAUCAAGACUCCAGGAUUAUGGAAGAUGCGGUGGUCAUUUGCCCGCAAGUUUAUUCGAAGACCUAUCCUCGAAAGAAUUCUGCAUUUUAUUUAGAUAUGCUAUGAUGAGAUCUAAAUGGGAAGCUGCUGCAAUAGAAGGGAUGAUUUUGAGUACAAUUGAUUAUCCGUGGAACUGUUGA